UAAAAUCAGUUGCUCGGCAGGUCUCCAAACCAAAGCUUCGCUGCAUUCCAAUCAAAGCGGUAAAUUGUUCAUCUUGCUGUAAAAUCAGUUUCAGUGCUAUUAAUUAAUAAAUACGAACUAAAACAACAAAAACACACGAAAUCAGCUGUUAACUAGCUCAAGAUGCUGCGCCUUCUCACCGUCACACUGGCUCUCUGUGCCACGAUCUGUGCCGCUGCACAAACUCGCAACCAACCCAUGGAAGCGAUUGCACAUUUGACUGGCCCACCGCAGUCGGACAACACGCAGGUGAAAGGAAAUGUCACCUUCAUUCAGAACGACUGCGGCCAGAGUGUGCAUGUGCGCAUCCAGCUGGAGAACGUGAUGGAGGGCAAGCACGGCUUCCACAUACACGAGAAGGGAGAUCUGAGCAAUGGCUGUGCCAGCCUGGGCGGGCACUACAAUCCCGACAAGGUGGAUCACGGUGCGCCCCAUCACGAGGUGCGUCACGUGGGCGAUCUGGGCAACAUUGAGGUGAACGCCAGCCGGACUAUCGACAUCACCUACACAGACUCCGUGAUCAGCCUGAGCGGCAAGCGCACCAUCAUCGGACGCAGCGUUGUCCUCCACGAGAUGGAGGACGAUCUGGGUCUGGGCAACCACACGGACUCCAAGAAGACGGGCAAUGCUGGCGGCCGCAUCGCCUGCGGUGUUAUUGGCAUUAACACGCUUGCACCAUAUGAACAGGCCGAACAACUACCCGAUCCACUACCCGAACAAGCUGAAUCCAUUGAAGCAUCAGCAUUGCACAGCACUCGUCAACGCACCCACCACACCGCAAAUCAGCCCACAUUUUAUGUGCCGCACGAUCAGCCUCACGAUCAUGUUAUCUAUCCACUACUGCGCCAUCCCUAUCCAUACGCAUAUCCGUACUAUCUAUAAGUCGGAUGUGGAUGAAUGGCCCUGCCGCGGCGGCGGUGCGGAUGCACUGCGUCAAUCCCUG